UAUACCAUGAAAUAGUAUCACAUGCUCGAGUGGUAAGUGCAUGCAUACGUGCAGCAUCUGAAAGAGAACAGCAACAACAAUAUCAAGAAGAGCAGCAACAGCAACAGUUGCAGCAGCUGCAACAACCGCAAUUAUUCAACAGCAACUUAAGCUCAAUUGGUCAACAAAACAAUUUAUCGCUUUCAUCGACAGAUGAAACAUCAACAACUGCAUCAUCAUCGAUAACGACUCAGACGAUAAGCAGCAUCGGUAGUGGCAGUGGCAGUGGUAGUGGCAGCGGUAGUUGUUAUAGUAGUGGCAUCGGGAGUGAAGUUACUAAUUCUUUAAGUGGUUGUAAAGGCAUCACUACUGAAAGCACUAAAACAACCGCAGGCGCACAUCUAGCGGUAGGGGCGACAGCAAUAGCAGCAACUGCAACUAAAAAAAGUGAAGGAAAUUUGGAACGCUUACAGAAUCGUUAUCAUUUGCUAUACUUGAAAGCGUUUGAGGUGCAAUUGUGUUUAGACGGUUUAUUACGCAAGAAGAGCUCAUCAGCGAGCGUAUUGGACGACGAAAUCGAAGACGACGAAGACGAAGACGAUUAUUCAUCGGAAUUGUGUGUCGAUGGUAGCGGUGCCGCCACAGAAGAUGAUUUAAACGAUGUUGCUUCUGAAUUAGAAAGUGACGACGUUGUUACCAAUAAUUCAUCGUCGUUUUGUGAGUUGGUACGUUGCAAUAUUGACAACAAACACUUGUCAAUUGAAGCAACAUCUCCAGCAGCAACAACAACAGCGCAACCACGUGAAUGUAUAAAAAAUAAGCUCGAUUGUGAAGACGGUGACGACGAGCAGGAAGAAGGGGACGACGAAGACGAAGUUGAUACACCCAACUUCCAACAAGUUUGCCGCAAAUUAAAUUACAGCAGUUUCUCAAGUGCUUGUGAUAAGAGUUCAAAUUUUGGAAGAAACAGUACAUUUAAUACCACAACAGCAACAUUGACUGAUUUUGAGGCUGAUUCUGAAAGUAGCGAUUACGAGACUUUCAAAAAUUUCGGUCGUCGCAAAUUUACUGAUUUCCAUUGCAACAGCAAUUACGUGCAGCAACAAGUAAAGGUAUCAACGAACCUACACCCAAUAACAAAAUCAACAACAACUGAACUGUUGACUAACAAUUUCGGCAAACACUCUUCAACACAAUUAGUAACAAUUAAUCAAAACGCACCAUUAGCAACAGACACAGCAAGAGCAACAGCAAUUACGCACUUUACUAACAAUGUUACUACUGCUUUAGGCAUGGAUAAUUUGUGUUAUCAACAGUGCAUCAAAUUACCGGAAGCAAUAACUAACACAACCACAACUGGGGAAACGGUAGCAACUAAAGAAACUACAAUAACAGAAACGUUUAAUGCUCUUGUAAUGCAAACCAAAAUGGGUAUAAAUGUUGUUGAUAUUCAACAGCAACAACAACAACAACCGCAACAGCAGCAACAACAACAUCGUACCACAUUGUUACAAACCUUAAAUAAUAUGAAUGUUGAUACAGAAUUACAAAGUCAGCAACAAAAAUUGCAAACGUUCUCAACAAACAGUAAUAGCAGUCAGACGAUAACGUCAGCGGGCAAACAAAAAAAUAUUGCUAUUAUAACACCUAACAAUAGUCAUAAUAAUAGUGGCAGCAAUAGAAUUGUUGGUGAUGCUAAUAGCAGCAAAUCACCAAAAGUGUUGCGCAAACGUCAGCAGCAGCAACAUCGCCACAUAGAUAUAUCCAAAUUUAAUCGUUCCAAUCGUAAAUCAAAGAAUUGUGCCAUUUUCUAUUUUAAACAUUUGGACACCGACAAUGAAACAAAUUAUGGUCUUUCCUCAUCGGCAUCUCAUACCAGCGAUUUACUCAAAUCCGCUGAUGCAUCAUCAGACGACGAUGAAGGUUGGCUAUAUACAACGGCACCACCAGCAGUCACAGCUACACAAGCAACAAUAGCAGCCGCAACAGUAACCGACAACGAUUUGGAUUGUUUGGAUUCUACUUCUGCAAAUAGUACGUUGAAUUCUUCCAUAGUUGCCGAUGGUAUUCAAUCUUCCACAGUGUCAUCUUCUACUGGUGAAACAAUUUCAACAAACGUAACUGCUGCUGCCGGUACCUCUGCCAUUGCUAUCAUUAGCGACGAUUCUGAUAAAGAGAAUAAGGAAGCUUUAGCAGCAAUUGCAGCACAUAAUCGCAUUGUGGUCACAUCAUCAUCAGCAUCAUUAUUGAAUUCCGCACAAUUUUCAAACACCGAUUUUCAAUUGACAACAACAUCAGCGUCAUCUUCAGCUGCAUAUAUUGCUAAUAACAGCAUCAUUAACAGCAACUGCAACAACAGCAACAACAACAAGAACAACAACAGCAACAGUAACAACAAUAGUAGUGGCAGCAGCAGCUGUAACAGCAGUAAGAUCAGCAGAUCAGAUUGCGGCAGCAGUUGUUCAUCGAAUGAUUUGCUCACUGAAACAACAACAACUGCAACUACAACAACACAAAUAACAGAGAUGCAUUGUCAGCAUUUGAAUCGUAACGAAAUGCAAUUACAAAUCAAUAAUGGUCACAAUGGCAACAACAACAACAAUGUCGAGAAAUCAAAUCACAUCAUUGUUGCCGGUAAUAACAAUAGCAAUCAUGUCAGCUAUAAUAAGUACUGCAAUAAAAACAAUAAUCAGCAAUGUCUGGAUAUGAAAAAUUUGCACCAGCAACAUUUGUCAGCAGCUGAGGACAACAAUGGGAAUACACAAAAGGAUAAAUUAUGUUUCUACACACGCGCCGACAUCUGCAAUAUAACCGUCAAACCAAGCGAUACAAUGUACAUUCAGCAACAACAAUUGUUAAGUCCAGGAAAGCGUUUACCUCCACGAUCACCGGCCAAAUCGCAUAAAUCCAAAAGUGGCAAUAAUGCAACUAUGUCAACAACAAAGGGAAAAGUAUCGCAUGAAUCCAUUAAGCAACUUGUACUUGAAGCAGAGCAUUUAGUACGUGACGAAGCGCUCAAGACGCCAACCAAGCAAAAACAUUCCGCCGCUUUGAAAAUAUCAACAACAGUGAAGAAACGCGAAGUCAUUAUGCCGGGACCCAUUAAACAGCGUGUACAGGAGUGGCUGGAGCAUCAACCUACAACACCGUCACAAAUGCAUAACAAAACUCAUGAUACGCUAAAUGGUAGCAAUAAUCUUAAAGGUGCUAACAAUCGUACUGACGAUUGUGAAGCUUCUGGUGAAGCAUCUGAAACAGAUUCUAUACCACAACAAGUCUCUGAUUCUUCAGAAGGUUUUACCGAUUCUAUAGCAACUUGCAUGCAAACAAGCACAAAUUCUUAUGGAAAUUCUACAGAACAUAUGGGUGGGUCUGCAGAACCCAUCAUGAUAACAAAUAGUAAUGCUGUUGUACAUGGUUGUGGCAGCAGCAAUCAAAGUUUAAAUAUCGUCAAAACAGUCAAUAGACGUCAAAAUAAUACACGUCGUAAAUCUGAACGUCCAUGGUCAGUAUCGUGUUUGUCACAAUUAACCACUGCAACACAAGUAGCUAAAAAUGUGAAUAAUACAAAUGAUCUGGCUACACAUUCGAUAAGUGAAUCAGCAUUAGAUUCAUUGUCACCAAGACGUCCGCGUGUUGCGUCCACAUCAGCUGCACAUAACAGGUCAGCUGUUAAAACGUAUGAUAGUAAAGGUUCACUUAAGCGUCGCAAAACACGCAAGAAGAAACUUUCAAACUCUACAACAACAACAGCUGCUGCUGCCGCCGCUUAUUCAAUAGGCAAAAAAACCGAUUCCGGUUCAGAAGAGACGACCGAAAUUCCUAAAUUAACACACACGUUGCUAAUGAAAUCAUGUGAAUCAAUGUCAGCUCAGCAAAUACAAGAAAUAACUGCGGCACUGUUGAAUUUGCAAAAAAGUACCGCUUCAACAUCAACGGAACUAAUUGCUAAUGUCAAUGCCACUGCAACAGCAUCAAAACAACAACAGCAGCAACAACAACAACAGUUGCAACAACAGCAGCAGCAACAGCAACAACAAAAUGAAAGCGAAGAAGAAGCACAAUUGAUGAAACCCAAUUUCCGUGUUGGCUCAUACACUACAGCGUAUAUGCGAAGUGAGGCGCGUUUAGGCUCAUUAGCUGCAUUAGCCACAUAUAUGAAUGAUGAGGAGCAGCAAGGAGAAUAUACCACAGGUACCGAAGAUCAUCAUAGCAGCUUUUCAGAGACUGCCUGGGAUAAUUAUCAAGAGAAAUACAAUUCAGAAAAUUAUUCUGAAGGCUUUGAUUCAGAUGCAGCACGACGUCUGCUAGAAUUUGGCGAUGAUUAUCGCAAUUUUAUCGAUUCGCAAUCAGAUUGUUGUUCAUCACUUUCGGCUGCCAACAAUUUAGAUUCAUUGUCACCACCACGUAUGGAUUCAUUGCAACAAAAUGAGGCAAAAAUUAUAACACAAGACACAAUUGUAAGUAGUGUCGAUCACGCCAGACGUCGUCGAGCACUCGAAUUAGAAUACGAGCGUCGACGUAAGACAUUAGAAGUACGACGUAAAUCGUGUCAAGACUCUUCAGAUAAUCAACCGCGUAGUCCCACCAUAUCUUUGUCAUCAUCAGCUAAUGCUUUGACACCGAAGAACGGUGAAAAGUUCAAUUAUCAACAACAACGUACAGAUUCGAUUAAUCGUAAACUUGACUUUGGUAUGAGUCAUUCAGCGCAAUCAUUACGUCGCACCUCUGAAAGCGAUACAUCCACCAGACGGCGUAAAGUUGAUGAACGUCGUCGUUCUUCUAGAAAUUUAGAAAAAAGUAUUAAACUAAUACCAGCCACAACUUCAUCUAGUUGUGAUGAUUCUGAUGAUGAAAAAGAAAUGCGCAAUUUAUUAGAACAAAGUCGUAAUCGUUUGGAAGAUACACGUGCACUUAAAAUACGUUGUCAUCUAUUACGUCCUGAAGAUUAUUCUGAAAUCAUUAACACUUGUCGCGACAACAUACGUUGUCUGGAAUCGGUACUACGUGGACCACCUGGUACUGUACUCUCAACGCAAUGCGUUAGCCAGACUAAAGGUGAGUUAAGAAUUUACUUCGUGCAUGCCAAUUGCAAAUGUGCGCCCAUUACACGUUUUAUCGCACGCGCUAUCGAUUACAUUUUGGAUUUGAGCAAUUUUCUUGAGAAUUUUACGCUUUAUAGAUUUUUUAUGAAUACCCUAAGAAGUCUAUAUACACUAGUUAAUUACAAGCUAAUGCCGUUUAAUAAAUAUUUAUCAUAUUUUAAAAAAAGCUGUAUAAAAAAUGAUUAA